AUGAAGAGAAAAAUGGGAUUACUGGGAAAGAAGAACAAUGUUAUGGCAGACAGAGAACUGGAGUGGAAGAGACCAAGGAACUACUCAGUUUUAGCCAGUGUGGAAGGAAGGUUUGUGGAUUCAACUGUAAAGCUUUCAGAGAAGAUGAAACUGGAAUGCAUAUAUCCAAAAAAAGCUGUGAUAAUACAGACAUCCUGGAUGAAACAAAAUGGAAGUCAUAAAGAAAAUAUUGCUGUCUUGCAUCCUAUCUAUGGCAUACAUAUUGAAGACAAAUACAGGGGAAGAAUAUAUUAUGAAAAUACUUCCAGGGAAGACCAAUCCUUAUCCUUCAACAACAGUACUUUGGAAGAUGUUGGUUUUUACUUUUGCUCCAUUGUAACUUAUCCAGAUGGAGUUUCUGAGAAGGUAAUAGAAGUUAUUCAUCCAGCAGAUGCUUCUGAAAUACCUGAGAGACAAAGUAAUCUGAUGUUUGCCAAGCCAGGAGGAAGUGUCACUUUUACUUGCCCUUACGAUAUUGGAGGUUUGGUGCAGCAAGUGAAAUGGGAAAGGAUUAAAGCAGGUGGGACGGAUACCAUUGUCCUGUGUAACUCAGGAGGAGAGCGAAGAUUUGGUUCAGAUUUCAUAAAACGUGCACUGGUGGAUUGCUCUGGUCAGGCAAGCUCAACGAUUGUCAUUCAAAACAUCACAGCUUCCGACUUCGCAAAGUACCGCUGCAUGGCUACUGGAAGAAAUAAAACCUUUGAGAUGAGUUUCACUGUGGUUGCAACUUGGGAUCACAAAUGGUUUAUUAUCUACAUAGCUGGAGGAACAUCUGCUGCUGUUUUACUGUUAGUUUUCCUACUCAUUUUCCUCAUCACCACUGCUUAUCGCAAAAAGAAGAAGAGGAAGAGAAUCACAGAGGCCUUAUUUAAUGCUUUGUACUGUACUCAGGACGAGGCUGGUAACAAUUAUGCAGAACACAAUUAUCACACCACAUGGGACAUAGAAAGAGGAAAAGAAGAGUCAUCAUUCAGGACAGCACAGGAGAUUUACGUGAACUGCAUAAACCUAAGAAAUGAUAAUUAGCUUCUUUCUUGUGAAUGAAGUAACCCGAGUUCAGACCAUGUCAUUGCAUGUUGGACUUGAUUUGUUUUGCACAGGUAGCUGCAGAAGGUUAAACUGGCUGCCAAGCAUGGCCUACGCUGCCCUGUCCAGACAGCACAGGUACCCAAGCCAGUCAGGGUGCAUCUGCAUUAUGAGACAGUCUGAAGCACUAACGCCCCCUUUGAUUCAUAUGUACAAGUGAAGACUAUUGGUACUUCUAAAAUUUAAACAUUUUUACCCAGUAGGUGCACUUUCAGGUAAUAAUCUCAGAACAACUAUGCAGAGCAAAGCAGUAUAUGUUUAAAUUACAUUCAUUUCAUCGGAAGAAAAAAUGUCUGAGAAGCCCGUGUGGCAAGGUGAGAAAGAAAGUGUGCUCAAUGUUCUCUGUAUUCAUGACUUUCAAAUCUUAAAAUUGAGAGCAUUAUAGAAUAAAAAAAAUGUCCAUGAUUUUCCGCACAGGAGGUGUUAUCACACUGUUGGGCAAACAGUAUUAUUCAGCUGGCAAAAGCAAAUGUAUCAGGGAAACUUGAAGUUAGAUUUGAAAGCAGGAAGAGAAGCGUGCUGUCUGACAGUGAUGUGGUUUACAUGCUUCUUGCCACUCACGACAGCUAUUCCAGUGCUCACUGCUUGUGAUAAAGAAUAGAAACACAGCCCCCAGCCAACAUGUACUUUCACACGCAUGCACACAUUUUUUUUUCCUCUCUCUUGAAUGCUCAGGAGAAAACAAAACAUUAAGACUCUGUUACUGUCAAGUUAUAUUUAAUAAUAAUUUAUUAUAAGGUUUAGUUGAACGAAAAAUAAAUGAGAACAUGGAAGAUACAUGAAUAAAUGAUGCAAAGCAGAAAAAGCACGAUUGAGAACAUUUACAAAACAAUACACAGAUGUGUUUGUAUGUGUUGCAUAUGUAUAUUUUCUGCUAAA